AUGAGCGCGGCCGUCUUGGGUUUCACUAUCAUCACGAUUAGGUUCACACCACUUACGUUCAUAACCGGCCUUUUCGCCCUGCCCGUGCGGCAAUUCCAAGACAACCAAAUCAUCUCCAGACGGGGAGAUGCACAAAGCCCGACUGGAGUCAACACCAUCAACUACAUCGGGAAAAUCACAGCUAAUAUGGAGCUUGUUUCCAUCUCUCUCACGAUUAUUCUCAUGUGGCUCGCCAUCAAACACUGCAUUGGUGGCCCGGUAUUUCUGCGCUCGGAGCCAGAUAGGAAAAUGGUUACUGCACUCCUGGCCACGUCAAAGAACACCGAGGCGAACGCCCUUCAAGGAUCGAACACCAGUGGAAGAAAAUUGUGGUUCCAAAGCCGUGUUCAUGACUUGGAAAUCGGAAAAGGAGACCGCGAUCAUGUAUAUUGA